AUGGCACCACAACCUGAGCCUUCGGGCCAUUCAUUCCCAGACUUCGCUGACGGGGACGUCAGGGUCGUCCUCACUGGCUCCCGCCAGUAUCGCCUGCACAGCGGUGUGCUCAAAAACUCAUCUUCAGUGAUGAGAGACUUAUUGAGCGAAGAGAAUGCAGCCCAGCUCAAUAGCUCUGCUCACCGCAAAGGUGUCGUGAUCCGUCACAAGCUUGUCCUGGUGGACAACCCUGCCGUCGAAGACGAGGAAGAGUCCAACUUGCUGUACGUCUUCCAACCCGUUCCGCUGGACGCGCAAGGGCGCCAGGCAGCCGGCGCACCGCAAGGCAUCGGCCUCGAGCUGGAGAACGGUCGGCGGAUCCCACCGCUUCUGAUGGCAUAUGAUGCGGUCCUAGGGGCCUUCUAUAACCAGCCCAUCAAUCUGGGCGACUCGCAGGAGGAUGGCCUUGCCGAACUGCUUGGCAAUGCAUUUCAAGCCACCAUUGUGGCCGAAAAACUCAACUGCAUCCGCAUUGUCUGCAAGCCCAUCGAGGCCACUUUGCUUGCCGUUGGCCAGGGCCUGUACAAAGCCAUUGCCGACAACCCGACGGCCUGGCUGAGUUUUGCUACGCGUGUAAAGUCACGUGCUAUCUUCAAGGAGGCCAUGGUUCACGCAGCCGGCCAGUACUCCCAGCCACGCACCAAGGUCGCCAUGAGUGAUGGCACGCUCGCGCCCGAAGUUGUCAAGAUUUUGACACGCAAGGGGGAGUGGAUCAAGAAAUCUGUGAGCGAUUCCUCACGAUACCUGGCUUCGUAUUACCCUGCAAUGCUCCUACGUGAGUUCAAGCCUGGCGACAAGGACAAUGUCUCUCGUGCCUCGUAUGGCAACGAUAUCAUGAUGUGGAUUGCUGUGACCAUCUUCCGACACUGGGUCUGCGACAUGAUGGCGGCCGACAACACCCAUCAAGCACAUGACUGUGGCUGGGCGUGGUGCAAUGUGAUCUGCGAGGGGGGAGACAAAUACCUUGACCGCAAGAUGCUGCAACGCAGCUUUCACGCACGGUUUCCGAUGACUGGCAAAGGGAUGGCCUGCGUCGAACAUCGCCUUGCGGAGGUCAAAAUGGAAGUCAAACAAUGGAUCCUGCCGCUGAAGAAGAGCAAUUCUGCUCUCGAUCUUUCCUUGUACCCCGUCGCCCAUUUUCUCCAUGCCAACGUGCACUCUGACGACUAUCCGUGGGACAACGUGACGCUGGAGCCGAUCCACGACUCCUCGGACGAAGACGAGAGCAAUGGCGUCGAUGAGGAUACCCAGGGUUUGUUCGUCGAAGGUUCGCCGUUCGAAACUGUCGAUUCCGAAGAUGACGAAGAGGGUCCAAACAUGGGCGGCUUCAUCGAGCCGUCUUCAAAAAUUGCCGAAGAUGACGACGUUGAUAUGGAUACUGCGGACGCUACACCUUUCCGUUCAGAGUCUCCUAUCUUCGAUCUCAAAGGCACUGCUGCCGACGACGCUGCCAGUUCCGAUUCGGAGGGCAAUGACACGGACGAGUAGAAAGACUCGAUGACGCGCUCAACCGGCUGCAAUAGCCAGUAUAUAAUAAGCAUGGUGUGGCAGCGUGCAGAGACAGACUGCGAGAGCAGGAAUGAGAGUGGUUUCAUAGCCUGACAUACCCCAAUGGCAC